GUGGUCUGAAUUCACAAAUAUUUGUUCCUGAACGCAUUUUUCUUAACUUUUAUGAAAAUGAAGUGCCUCUAUAAGAUCAAAUUUGAUAUCCAUAAAGUCUGGAGAUACGGAUAAAAACUUCAUGCAACCAGUAUUCCUUGAUUCAAGAUAUAUAGGUCAAAUUUGUAUUUGCGAAUAACCUCUGGUCAGUAGAUUAUUAUGCUAUCAGACCUGAUCAAAAGUCAUUAUCAUUAAUGUCUUAUUUUCUUACAUUUUUGGUCUCACGUUCUUGUCUUCGUUGUAUUUAAUGUCAUUUUUCUUCUCAUCCUACUGGGAAACAUAAUUUGAAGUUCAGCAAAUUGAAAUGAUAUUCAGUUGCACCAAUUUCUUGUUAGUCGUCUCUGUCCGUACCUUUUGCAAAUUUCAUUCUUAUAUUUUCAGUUAAUCGUCCUGUGAUUUUAAGGAAUGAACUUUCCAGAAUGGAAGUAUUAGUACCACCAUUCUUAAUGCAAAUAUAACAACUGCUAGUGCACCUAAUUACACGGCUAGGUUGAGUAUACUUUAGCUGUCAAGUGAACAGAAACUUCUACAUUUUUUUGCGGAUUACCUGAACCGAUUUUAAGUUAUCACACUCAUUGUUUUUAUGGACAUCAAGUUGAGAGGAAUGGCAGUAGUUGUGGUCCACAAGUAAUUAUCUCAGCUAUGAAACCUUUCAACAACUGUUAAGAGUUGUACUUUUUUAUGUUUGUGUUCAGUAUUCGUUAUUUACUGCAACAAACUCUGUGGUUUAUGGCAUCUCAAACUGGUUUAAUUUAAAUUCAAUUGUCGGGUUUUCAAUUUUACAGGUGUCUGUAAUUAUCCCUCUCAAGAUGACUACAACGUUGGCGAAUGAACGUUUACGUUUCAAACUUCAUGCUAUCAAUUAUCCAGCCUAUGAUACUUUCGAUAUUUCAGAUAUAGCGAAUGUGAGAAACGUAGUUGUUUGGCUUGAAGAUAGACUAAUCAGAGUUUUCCCUGCGGAUAAAAGACUACGUGAUAUACAAUCCCCAGAAUGGAUAAAUUAUCUUAAUAAGUAUCUUCAGACUAUAAAAUGCCCUUUUAAUGAAUCAAGCUCUUGGGCUAUGUUGGAUUGGCUUAUCAGCAAGGCGUUGUUUUUAGAAUCCAAAUCACCUGAAAGUACUGUACAGAACAAUACACCUGAGAAUGCUAACAUAACAGUUUCUACUAAUGCUUUUAGUAGCAUAGAUGUUAACAGUAAUGAAUUCAAGGAAAAUGUUCUGAAAGCAGCCAAGUUAUUACAGAUUCCAAUACAUUCAGACAUUAAAACAUUAUUCAAGGCUGUUUGUCUAGUUAUCGAACAGAAGCUUGAGGUGAAUACAUUAAAUAAUGCUAUCAAAGAUUACGGUACAUGCAAGAUAGAUAUGCUGAAACUGGACGAUGUGUGUCUUGGAUUCGAUGUAAGCGAUCCAAAUGUAAAAGCUGCUGCAAUUGCUCUGAGACUUUUAAAUGUAAACAGACUACGUAAAUUACAAGAUCAGGCCAAUGCAGGUAUAGUACAAGUCCAAAGACUCACAGCAGACCCUAAAACUGACGAGAAACUUGGCAAAGUUGGUUUUUAAUUUUUAAACAAUAUUUGCUAGUUGAAAUACAUUUGUUUAUAUGCAUGACAGUUUUCAUUUUCGAAAAUGUAACCAUGUCUCACGGAU